UGUUCUUCCUAGAAAAGCUUUGUAAAGUGAAGACCUGUUUAGCUGUGUUUUUGCUGACGGCAGGCCUCAUUGGGAGACUCCUAGACACAUCAGAAGCAGGAAAUGGAGAAAGUGACCUUUGAGGAUGUGGUUGUGAACUUCACCUCAGGAGAGUGGGCUUUGUUGGAUUCUAGUCAGAAGAAGCUCUUCAGAGAUGUGAUGAAGGAGACAUUAUUGAACCUGAUCUCCAUAGAAGAAGCAGUAGAAGAAAAAAUUGAAGAGGACUGCAAAGACCUCAGCAUUAACAUGGGGACUCAAGCGAUUGAUAAAGACUGUGGAUAUGCAUGUGACUAUGAGUGUGAUAAAAACCAGGAACAUAUUACUGAGAAUAUCGUCAAUAAAGACUUUCAUCCUGGAGAAAGAGUAUGUGAAAGCCCACUGCAUGUAAGAAACAUCAUUGGUCAUUCAUCCUCACAUGGGUACAUCAGAGAACAAAGUACAUGGACAUCAUCUGUACGUAAGAAAGCUACGGCCCAAGCUUUUACACAUCAGGAACAUUGGAAAAAUAUCCAUCAUUCUGAAUUACUUCAAGUACUUGAAACUUCUCCCAAGGAGAAACCCUGUGAGAGUCAAGAAUAUAAUGAAGCCUGUAGAAGUCUCAGUUUGGAUCAGCCUCAGGAGAGAACUCACACUGGAGUUACACUCAAUGACAAUGACUUAACGGGAUACACAUAUGUUCAGAACGAUGAAGGAAUCCAUAAAGAAGUGAAACAGUUUGUAUGUAAGCUCUGUGAAGAAUCCUUCAUUGAUUCCAGUGACCUUUACAACCAUGAAAAAAGUCAUAUUGGACAGAAAAGUUACAAUGGUAGGCAAUGUGGCAAAACAUUUAAAAAUGCAAAACAUUUUGAGAAUAAUAAAGAAACUCAUACAAAAGAGACGCCUUAUGCUUGUAAGAAUUGUCAAAAAACUUUUACAAACUCCAGUCAUCUGAAGGAACAUAUAAGGAUUCACACUGGAGAGAAGCCUUAUGCUUGUAGGCAUUGUGGAAAAGCAUUUAACUGCUCCAAUAAUCUGAACAGACAUGAAAGGAUUCACACUGGAGUGAAGCCUUAUGCAUGUAAACAUUGUGGAAAAACCUUCACCCAGUCCAAUAAUCAUAAGACUCAUGAAAGAACUCAUACUGGAGAGAAGCCUUAUACUUGUAGGCAUUGUGGAAAAGCCUUCAGUGACUCCACUACUCAUAAGAAUCAUGAGAGAACGCACACUGGAGAGAAGCCUCAUGCUUGUAAGCAUUGUGGAAAAGUCUUCAGCCUGUCCAGUAGUCUUAAGAAUCAUGAAAGGGUUCACACUGGAGAGAAGCCUUAUUCAUGCAGGCAUUGUGGGAAAGCCUUCAGCCUGUCCAGUAGUCUUAAGAAUCAUGAAAGGGUUCACACUGGAGAGAAGCCUUAUUCAUGCAGGCAUUGUGGGAAAGCCUUCAGCCUGUCCAGUAGUCUUAAGAAUCAUGAAAGGGUUCACACUGGAGAGAAGCCUUAUUCAUGCAGGCAUUGUGGGAAAGCCUUCAGCCUGUCCUGUUAUCAUAAGAAGCAUGAAAGGAAUCAUACUAGAUAGAAGCAUUAUGUACAUAAAUACUAUGAAAAAUCUUUUACCGCUUUUACAUCCAAACUUGAAUGAAAAAAAAUCACUGGAGAGAAACAAUUUUUGUGUAAAACAUGUGGGAAACCAUUCAGUCUAGUGAUCUUUACAACUGUAAAAAUUUUCACUCAAAAGACAUGCAUUAUUCAUGUAAGCAUUUUGGAAAAGACUUCAGUGACUCCAGUAGUCCCCACAGACAUGGAAGUUGUCACACUGAGAGAAACCUCGUGCUUUUUAGCAGUGUAGAAAAGCUUUCAAGCACUCUGGUCAGUAGCCUAAUGCUUCUUAGCAUUGUGGAAAAGCCUUCUAUAGUUCCAAUUGGCACAAGGGCAGUAAAAACAUUCACACUGGAGAGAAAGCCUUUCUUCAUAAGUAUCUGGAAAACUGUUUCUUUUUUCUUGGGAUUUCAUCAAGAAUAAAAGGCCUCGCACAUGUGAGGAACAUUUUCAAUGUCAGCAUUGUGGAAAAGUCUUGACCAAUCAAUAUUUCUGUGACCCACAUGCAAGAAUUGACCUUGGAAAGAAGUUUAAUGCAAGAGUGCAUCUAAGAGCCGGGCGUUGGUGGCGCACGGCUUUAAUCCCAGCACUCGGGAGGCAGAGGCAGGCGGAUCUCUGUGAAUUCCAGGACA